GAGCACUGCGGGAAGCAAGAAAGGGCAAAACAGAUUUCUUUUUACUUCCGGUGCCUUGCGUCCUCGCGUUUCCGGAGCCUGGACGGGCUGGAGAGAUAUCGCGAGAGGCGGGAAAGGGCGCAGGGUUUGAAACAUGGCGGACGACGUGGACCAGCAACAAACUACCAACACUGUAGAAGAGCCCCUGGAUCUUAUCAGGCUCAGCCUGGAUGAGCGAAUUUAUGUGAAAAUGAGAAAUGACAGAGAGCUUCGAGGUAGAUUACAUGCUUAUGAUCAACAUUUAAAUAUGAUAUUGGGAGAUGUGGAAGAAACUGUGACUACUAUAGAAAUUGAUGAAGAAACAUACGAAGAGAUAUAUAAAUCAACAAAACGGAAUAUCCCAAUGCUUUUUGUCCGGGGAGAUGGUGUUGUCCUAGUUGCCCCUCCAUUGAGAGUUGGUUGAAACAAAGAAUAUAUCCUGUGUGGAAAUUAGGAGACUUUAUAUGAUUGCGUCUUUAAAGGUAGAAGAUAUUCAAAAGAGAAACCUGCGUAAAUUUUGAUAUUAAUAAAUGACCAAGGAUUCUUCUGCUCCUGAAAUGAGUUUAUUUGCACAUAACUCACAAAUUCUUAAGCUAAAUGGCAUUUUUAUUUUUCUCCAACCCUUCCAAUAAAUGUGUUCACUAAAAUGCAGCCCUCUUUUUUAGGCGUUAAUUUGCUCCAUUGUUUUUUCCAGACAAUUUCUGAUUUUUUUAAUUUAAAUUAAAUUUGAUGUUUUCUUUUUUUUUUAA